AUGCGCUCGCGGACGCGCCCCCUGCGGCUGCUGGUGGCGGCGCUGGCCCUGGCGACGUGCGCCGCCGCGCCCGCGCCUGUCCCCGCGCCCGGCCCCGCGCCCGCCCCCGCCGAGCCGCGCGCGCAGCGCUCCGCCAACCUCAGCCACAUCACCGGCACCUCGCGCACCAUACAGAUGUUCCUCAAGAAUCGAUAUCUCCAGCUGUUGCCCGAUGGCACCGUCAACGGUACUACAGAAGACAAAGGCGUUUACACGAUACUUCAGCGUGCGACAUACAAGGUCGGCCUCCUGACGAUCCAGGGGGUCUCCACCUGCCUCUACCUCUGCAUGGACGCCUGCGGCUUCCACUACGCUAAUAAGGAUCUGUCGGACGACUGCGUGUUCGAAGAGCACAUAGAGGAGAACAACUACAACACGUACUCGCGGAUCCGCGCCGGCAAGAAGACAUACCUAGCGCUCGACAACCGCGGUAGGUCACGCCGAACGCAGAUCCCCGUCAGUCGGCCGCUCGGAAACCUCUCGGGGUACGCGCUCACGCUGACGACGCGCUGGGAUGGGCCGCGGCAGUCGCAAUGCCCUCCGCGCCGGCACCGCGGCAAACUGAAGCGCCCGCCGCCCUUCCACAGGAAUUGCCACAAACGUCUGCAGAAGCAGAACAUGAGGCACAAGCGCAAGCACAAGAAAGCGAACGAUCCGAAGAAGAAGCAGCGGCAUCCCAAGGGUAGGAGAAAACACGACAACGGCACGACCACCACGACGGAGGUGACUUGGGACGAAUCGACCAUGUCGACCAUGUCUACCACCGAUGCAGAGUUUUUUCGGUCGGCGACCGCGCAGGAGGCGGUCGGCCGCGCGUGAGCCCGCUGCUCCUAGGCGCCGCCGUCGCGCUCGCACAAUACCGACGUUCCGCCUCUCGCGCCCCGCACACACUCCACUCCCCGGACCACUAGCCGACCUUAUACUCUAGCGCAGGGCGGCGAAACAGCGGUCACCGCCCGGUCAAUUUGCCAUCAUAUCAUUGAAUUAUCCGAAACAAACAAUUUUUGUGUUAAUAUGCAGAUGACAUGUGAACUUGUAAAUAUGAUAAGUAACAAAACAGGUUAUGGAUGGAACUUUUUCACACGACCAGUCCCAAGCGGCGAUCCCCGAUUUGGACAAUCCCGUUUGUAAAUUUGAAAUCAGUGCGCCGGUGACCCGUUUCGCCGCUUCAAGGCCGAGGUUGCUUCGAGUAUUAUGAUUAUUUUGUAUAUUAAAUGUAAUGAAAUACUCAAUCUUAUCGCAUCAUAUGAACAAAUCGAUGUCUGAGCAGCAACGUGUAACAAUAACAAAAUGAUAUUAUUCUACCAAAGCUACUGAAAUUAUCUAUCUCAAUUUAUAUUCCUAGUUCGCUUUAAAAUGUAGGUUUAUCGGCAAGAUUCCAAUUGUCUUAGUUACUGUUACUUGUCAUGAAAUUAUUAACGUAGAUGAUAUUGAUAAAGUAAUAGUAAAUUUAAUCGAAUGAAAAAAUUUGAAAUGUGUCAAGAUUAUCGUUUGGUAAGGAACUGUGUUAGGGUUAGCUAUAGGAUUCCUGUCCGUGCCCACGUGCCCUGGUGUCAUGUGAAUGUCAAAAACAUUUCAACUUUCACAUCAAACCUGUAAGAUUUCUAUUUCAAUAAAAACAAAUUGAUUAAAUAAUAGACACCAUAAGAUAUUAUCCGGUUCAUUUAUUAAAUUUUCCCGCUCAAUCUAGUUUCCUCUGUAUUUAAAGAAAAUUGACGUACUUUCGAACUGUCAGAACCAUUUUUAACAGUUCGAAAGUACAUCACUAUACUACCUCUAUGGUUGUUUCUUUGCAUUGUGGACGCGAACCGGAGUCGUAGAAAGGUUUUGUACUUAGUUGGAUGAUUGGGGGAUUAAUUUCAUAAGAAAUUGACUGAAAAUAUAUGACUGAGUAAUGUAGGUUUGUUGGUUUCGGAAUAGGUAAGGCAUUGUGCGGCGGACGGCUGGCUAUUUUUAUAAGUUCGAAAUACCAGAGACAAGCGGCCUUGGUUUGUUUCUGUAAAAAAAAAAAACAAAUUGGAACGUUAUUUUGUGUUACUAUCGAUAGAUGCUAUUUUCUCGAAUAACACAUCAAUUCAAGACUGCUUGUCUCGGGCAAUUCAGAAAAAUAAAUUAGUGAUAAACGAUUAACGGAGAUGAAGUGACUACUAGUAGAUAGUUCUUAAAACGUGUAUCUAAUUUGUAAAUUAUUUAUUUUCCAUAGAGAAAGUCGUAUUUUGUUAACGUUUUAGUUGAUGUUUUUUUUUAAUUAUUAUUAUUCUCUUGUCCCCUUAGUUCCAACCGAAUGUAGAUACGUAGGAUUUCAUACGCUUGUACUUUUAGUGAGCCAAUUUUGUGUAUUAUAUUAUUAUACUCGGUUCGGUAGCGAUAUGUGCUUUUAAAUGAUUUUUGUAUAGAGUAUGGACGCUUUAAUUGUGAUUGUAUGGACUCGAAGCGCGGUGUCAUUCGUUUUAGAGAACCCUCGCAUUUUUGUACGUAGUUUACGAUAAAACUUCUAUAGGAUUCAGCGAAUUUAAUUUAUUCUUCAGUUCACAUUCAAACUAUAAUUUGACAAUUUAGUUCUGAUCUGCAACGAUAAUUUAAAUCAAAACGGAAAUUUUUAUUUUUCCUUUAUUGAGGAUUUUAUUGAUUUUUAACGUUCCACCUACGCUUACCAUUUCUUUUAAAACGUCUUACUCGACAUCGAUCGCUGAAUCUUAGUCAAGGGUUUCGGAAACAUGUGCAACAAGCUUUAUGAAUGUACCUAUAUGUUAGUUGAAUGAUAUUGCAGUUUAUUUAUGAUGUAUGUAUUUUAUAAAAGAAUCACGCGAAAAUGACAUGCAAUCUUUAACAAUAUAAAGCAUUUAUUUUGUCUUAAAAACGUCGGUGACAUUACAUCGAUGUAUCGAUUUGUGUCCUUUUCGAUUGAAUAAAAAUAAUCGAUCAAUCGGGUUCAUAAAUACUUUACUCGUUAUCGUAUUGUAUGUAAAUUAAACCGUGCGAUUUUAACAUUAGAAUAGCACCAGUAUUUGGAUAUUGUAAAAAUGUUCUCCAUUACAAUAUCUAGUUUUUAUUAGUUUUAUAUUCUGUAGUCGCUGUAAGUAAUGUCAGUAAUUGGACGUAUUGAACUGUCAAUGUCAUUAAAAUUCAUAAUGUAAAGAGAACUUUAUGAUAAACACGAUGUAAAACGAGCCUAAUAUUUUCAUAUUGCA